AUGUAUAGUAGUAACAGCAAUCACAAUGGGAGCGCAUCUCCUUCAGGACAAAGCUAUUACAUGUCCCAGCAACAAGACCAACAGCAUCAACAACAGUACGCUAAUGAAAUGAACCCGUAUCAGCAAAUAUCUAGACCGCCUGCCGCAGGAUUCAGUAGUAACUACAUGAAGGAACAGGGUUCUCACCAAUCAUUGCAAGAGCAUUUACAACGUGAAACUGGCAAUAUCGGCAGUGGUUUCACUGACAUUCCAGCUCUAAAUUAUCCUGCAACACCACCACCACAUAAUAACUACACAGCGCCAAACCAGAUGAUCAAUACGCCACCACCGUCAAUGGGUGGCCUUUAUAGGCAUAACAAUAACUCACAAAGCCUGGUUCAAAAUAGUAGUGGGGGUGGGAACGCCCAACUAGCCCAAUUGUCUCCAGGCCAAUUUUCUGUAGAGUCUGAGUACAACCAAAAUCAAAACGGUAGCUCGUCUAGUAGUCCGUUCCAUCAACCGCAGACCGUACGGAGCAAUGGAUCAUAUUCAAGCGGGCCAAGAAGCAUGAAAAGCUUCCAAAGGUUACAGCAAGAACAGGAGAGUGCUCAAUUUCAACAGCUUCCCCCAGUGCAGCAGCAAAAUUCCCGUCAGCAGCAACAGCAACAACAACAAUUUCAGCAGCAACAGCAACAACAACAACAACAACAACAACAACAACAACAACAACAACAACAACAAUCACCCAUUCAAAGUGGCCUGAAGAAUGGCACCAUAUCAAACUACAUGUACUUCGAAAGACGGCCUGAUCUGCUGACCAAAGGAACACAAGAUAAAGCAGCAGCUGUGAAGUUGAAAAUUGAAAACUUCUACCAAUCCUCUGUUAAGUAUGCCAUUGAAAGGAAUGAAAGAAGGGUGGAGUUAGAAACAGAACUGACGUCCCAUAAUUGGUCAGAGGAAAGAAAAUCCAGACAGCUGAGCUCUUUGGGUCAAAAAGAAUCCCAAUUUUUAAGACUGCGCAGAACGAGAUUAUCGUUAGAGGAUUUCCACACCGUAAAAGUCAUCGGCAAAGGUGCAUUUGGUGAGGUGAGACUUGUUCAAAAGAGAGACACUGGAAAAAUAUAUGCAAUGAAAACGUUAUUGAAAUCGGAGAUGUACAAGAAGGACCAAUUGGCACAUGUGAAAGCUGAAAGGGAUGUUCUUGCUGGCAGUGAUUCUCCAUGGGUAGUUUCACUGUAUUAUUCCUUCCAAGAUGCUCAGUAUUUAUAUUUAAUCAUGGAAUUUUUACCUGGCGGUGACUUGAUGACCAUGUUAAUCAGAUGGCAACUAUUCACGGAGGAUGUAACCAGAUUUUACAUGGCUGAGUGUAUCUUAGCCAUUGAGACUAUUCAUAAAUUAGGUUUUAUUCACAGAGAUAUUAAACCGGAUAAUAUUCUAAUUGAUAUUAGAGGACAUGUCAAAUUAUCUGAUUUUGGAUUAUCUACAGGGUUCCAUAAGACUCACGAUUCAAACUAUUAUAAAAAGCUGUUGCAGCAAGAUGAGGCGAACAAUGGUAUCCCUAAGCCAGGCACGUACAAUGCAAAUACAAAUGAUGCCGCAAGUAAAAGACAAACGAUGGUUGUGGAUUCUAUCAGUUUGACGAUGUCAAAUAGACAACAAAUACAAACAUGGAGAAAAUCGCGUCGGUUAAUGGCGUAUUCUACUGUGGGUACACCGGACUAUAUUGCGCCUGAAAUUUUCUUGUAUCAAGGUUAUGGACAAGAGUGUGACUGGUGGUCGCUUGGAGCAAUCAUGUAUGAAUGUUUGAUUGGUUGGCCCCCUUUUUGUUCCGAAACUCCACAAGAGACAUACAGAAAAAUCAUGAACUUUGAACAAACUCUGCAAUUCCCGGACGAUAUCCAUAUUUCUUACGAAGCGGAGGAUUUGAUCCGCCGUUUGUUAACGCAUUCAGAUCAAAGACUUGGUAGACAUGGUGGUGCCGAUGAAAUCAAAAGUCAUCCAUUCUUUCGGGGUGUUGAUUGGAAUACAAUCAGACAAGUAGAAGCACCAUAUAUACCAAAGCUGAGCUCCGUCACAGAUACCAGGUUCUUCCCCACAGACGAGUUGGAAAAUGUGCCAGAUUCUCCAGCUAUGGCCCAAGCCGCUAAACAAAGAGAACAAAUGACAAAACAAGGCGGAAGUGCACCAGCCAAGGAAGAUUUGCCAUUUAUUGGUUAUACCUACUCCCGAUUUGACUACUUGACAAGAAAGAACGCACUAUAG